CACGCGCCCAGGCAGGCUGGUAUUUGCUCGCUUCCUCCGCUCCCAGGGCGGGCCGGAACUUUUGUCAGCAGGAACCGGUGUACGCAGUUCAGUGUUGUCGACCGGCGUCUAGGCGACGAAGGCUGCUGUUCUCUUCCUCCGGCUGGCGGCCGCUGCGGGGUGCAGCCCAGCCGGUCAGGUUGAGGAGCGCGGCCGCCUGGACUGGGUCUAUGGUCGCUCCGUGGGCCGCUCUGCUGGCUGGUGCUUUUGUAUCAGGGCAAGCAGUAUUCCAUGGCAGGGAACUUCUGGCAGAGCUCCCACUAUUUGCAGUGGAUUUUGGAUAAACAAGAUCUGUUGAAAGAGCGCCAGAAGGACUUAAAGUUUCUCUCAGAAGAAGAGUAUUGGAAGUUACAAAUAUUUUUUACAAAUGUUAUCCAAGCAUUAGGUGAACACCUUAAAUUAAGACAACAGGUUAUUGCUACUGCUACAGUCUAUUUCAAGAGAUUCUAUGCCAGGUAUUCUCUGAAAAGUAUAGAUCCUGUAUUAAUGGCUCCUACAUGUGUGUUUCUGGCAUCCAAAGUAGAGGAAUUUGGUGUAGUCUCAAAUACAAGAUUGAUCGCUGCUACUACUUCUGUAUUAAAAACUAGAUUUUCAUAUGCUUUUCCAAAGGAAUUUCCAUACAGGAUGAAUCAUAUACUAGAAUGUGAAUUUUACCUCUUAGAAUUAAUGGAUUGUUGCUUGAUAGUGUAUCAUCCUUAUAGACCUUUGCUCCAGUAUGUGCAGGACAUGGGCCAAGAAGACGUGUUGCUUCCCCUUGCAUGGAGGAUAGUGAAUGAUACCUACCGCACAGAUCUUUGUCUGCUGUAUCCGCCUUUCAUGAUAGCUUUGGCUUGCCUACAUGUAGCCUGUGUUGUACAACAGAAGGAUGCUAGGCAGUGGUUUGCGGAACUUUCUGUGGACAUGGAGAAGAUUUUGGAAAUAAUCAGGGUUAUUUUAAAACUGUAUGAGCAGUGGAAGAAUUUUGAUGAGAGAAAAGAGAUGGCAACUAUUCUUAGUAAGAUGCCGAAACCAAAACCACCUCCAAACAGAAGCUCCCUGAGUGAUUCUCCACUAAUGGCAGGGCCUGAAGCUGCAAGAUGAUGAUGGACAAGAUAAGGCAAUCUCCUAUUGUCACAGUUACUGUGAAGGAGAGCAGGGUCCAAAUGGAAGUCAGAACUCUAGCUACAGCCAAUCUUAAAACACCCUGAAGAAUCCUGUAGUGGACCACUUGGAAGUAAAGCAUUGGACAGUUUGAGUAAUGUCUUCAUUGGAAAUCAGAUGCAAACGAAUAGCUUGUUUCUAUCAAGCCUAUUGGGAAUUGACUUAAUUUUCACAAAAUAAGUUUUCCUUACUUAAUUUGAUUCUAGUGUGUAAUUUAUUAGAUCUUAAUUAUAGAAUUUAGUAAAGCUCUAAGGGGACAUUUUAGACACACUCAGACAUUUCAGAGUUAACUUCUCUCCCACACAAAUGUACACACACACAAUAAUACUGGUUUUUGAUUAGGAUAAUUGACUUUUUUAUUAAUAGCUUUUUUAAUUAAGGCAGGAGACAUGAAAUGUCAUUUGUUUAAAAUUCUCUUUGGACAUUAAGGGACCAAAAAAAAGGACAUAAAAAGUCAGUAAGAGCCCUUCACCCUCCCCAGUUAAAUUUUAAA